AGUGUCUGUUUCGCUGGGGUGUGUUUUUUGAGUGUUCUGUAAUUCGUCGCUUUUUUGCAUGUGUAUUUUGUGUAAAACGAAGAGUUUGCAUUGGCUAGGACACGAGCGUAGGUUUACUUGUUUGCUACCUUUCUGGGUCAUGUGACUAGGAGGCGGGUUCAACAAGGCUCUGACUCGACAGGUAGGAACAAGGUGAGUGAAGAACGUGAAAAAGCGUACUCGUUGAGAAAUUAAAAAAAAAAAAAGACGACCGCUCUUCUUGCCAUGACUGAAAGCAGCUACACUUGACUUACUGCUGACUGAACACUUGUUACCGGGUAUUGUGUUUAAAACAGGACACUGAGGCAGGACGAGCGCGACUUUUCCCGACCACCAGAGCGAUGUUGAACCCUUUGAGCAGCGGGCGCAAAGCGCAGGGAAAGCUUGCGACGCGCCUGGAGGAGGUAAAGAACCCAUGGCGGCCCGUUUCCACGUUAGUUCUGAGCCAUAACGAAGCGGCGCGUCUGGCCACGGACGCCCUUCUCGAGUUCGGAGAGAAGGAAUACCGCCGGGUUUUGACGGAGGAGAAAGAGAUCAGCUUUCUUUCCGCGCAGGAGAUUCGCUACAUUACCGAGCAUCAGGCUAAGACUGAGAAUCCCGAGAACGGCUCUAAUGGACUGGGAGACUUUGGGGAAGGAGACACGGUUUCAGAGCUCACUUCGGGAACUUAUUUCCCCAUGAUGUCAGAUGAAGAGCCGCCCAUGCUGGAGCUCGGCUGGCCCGAAGUGCCCAACCGCCCUGGGCCAAGCGAGACCCAGAUCUACUUCCAAAGAGACAAGUCGCAAAACUUCAAAGACUUGGUUCGAUCGUUAAUCAGUAAAGCAAAAAAGGUCAUUGCCUUGGUCAUGGACAUUUUCACUGAUGUGGACUUAUUCUGUGAUUUGCUUGAAGCCUCCCUCAAGCGCAAGGUUCCUGUGUACAUUCUGAUUGAGGAGAAGAAUCUCAGUUAUUUCACUGACAUGUGCAAUACACUAGACAUCCAGCAGUCACACUUAAAUAAUAUGCGGAUACGAAGUGUAUGUGGAGACACAUAUUGCACCAAAAGUGGGAAGAAAUUUACAGGGCAAGUGCAGGAAAAAUUCAUGAUCAUUGACUGCGAGGAAGUAAUAGCUGGAUCCUACAGUUUUACCUGGCUGUCUGCGCAGGUACACAGCAACAUGAUUUUGCACUUUUCAGGACGCAUUGCUGAAAGCUUUGAUCGGGAAUUCCGUUGCCUCUAUGCAGACUCUCAAAUUAUUGAGCAGUUCCAUAAUCCUGAUGAGGAAGGUCUUCCCUAUUACAGUUACCACACAGGGCCUAACAUGGACUUUUUUCACGACAGAGGAAAUAAAGAAAGGGAGAAGGUUUGCUCAGAAAACUCCAGUAGCCAGUCCAGCAACAGUGUCUCCAGCAUUAAAGCAGCUCCAAACCAAACUCCUCAGGUCUACAAGGUCACCCAGGACAAGAAGGACGCUGGCACAAUCAAGAGUUCAGAGAAGCAGGGUGUUCCAAAUCCAGGAAUUCAUAUGCCUCAUGGAAGUUACAUGGGCAGAGGAUCCCACAAUGAUUCCCUACAGAAUCCAGCAUUGGAAUGUUCAACGUCUGGAGUGGAAUGGGUCAAAGCAGGAGGCUUCCAAACUAGUCUUUCAGGACCAACAUCCAGAUUUCAAGCCCUGGAUCUCCAUGAUCAAAAGAACUUUCACACUUCUGCCACAGCACAACCAAAUCCUCUAAUGGAGAGCAAAACACCCAAAGUACGCAGUCCUACCAAUCCUUUUUUUAACAAAUUCAGUGACCUAUUCUCAACAGUCAAAGAAAAGGACCCCUAUGUGUUAUAUAAACCCACUCCAUAUAGUACAGCUUUUGGGGGUCCAGAUCUCUCACAAAAUGAGCCUGAAAGUAGUCAAAGUCCUCCUCCACCUGGACCUUUGCCCAAGGAACGAAUAGGCCAUGAUGUCAAAAUUACCCGUGGGGAUGGGAAACGCAUGACGUUAGGACAUAGCAAAUUGGACCUGGUCAACCAGUACAACAAGAUGAAAUCAAAGCAGAUCUAUAGCCGAUUUGAACUGAAAAACAAUUGACAUUAAUAUGGUGUCAUUUAGUUAAUAUAGGUUUUAUUAUGAUACCUUUUGGGCAAAAAAAAAAAUUUCUAGUGUAUUGUGUGCUUUUUGUACACCCCAGAAGGGAAAAAAAGCUCUUUGUUGGUAGCCUGUAAACUUUAACAGUUUUCUUAUUAUCAAGUUUACGAUUUACACUUAAUGCUGUAUAAUUAAGUGCCCUGUACAGUAUAUAUAUACAAGAGACUGGUGUAUGGCAUUACUUAAGUGGUAGGUUUUUUGACAUUCAGGUGCUGUUUUAUUAAUACUUUCUGUAAUUCUUGUGACAAGCACAGAUGAUGGUAGAAAAAUAUAAAAAGUAUUAGCUUUUUAACUAAUCUCUUAAAGAAAGGUAUUUAAGUCAAGCAGUACUUUCUUUUACUUGGGAGAUUUAAUUCCCAAUUUUUAGUCUUCCAGAUGUUUAUAUGUGUUUACAGUAUAUUAGCCAUCCUGAAGCUUGUCCUGCAUCUGUAUGUUUUUGUUCACCAUGCUUCUGCCACUUAAUUGUAUAUUUAAGAAACUCCAUGAAUGAAAACGUGUUUCAUAUGGUUUCUAUUAAAGCGGAUGGUAAAUUAA